AUGUCUUCCCAAGGUGAUACCUACAAGCCAUCUGAGAACGACGGCCUCCGAAAGGACGGUCAGCCAGACAAGCGAAUGCAGCAGGACGAGUUCGCCUACGGCAAGGUCGACCCUGUCGAGGCCGGCAAGCAAGGUGGUCACUCCAGUGGCGGUAGUGGUGAUGCUUCCGAUGACUCAACUGGCACGUCUGGUGGCAGCGGCAAGGGCCAGUUUGCUGGUGGAAAGGUCGACCCAGUUGAGGCAGGCCGCAAGGGAGCUCAAAGACUGCGGUCCGUGGCAUAUACACCCCAAGAUGUUACUACCUGGGACUCCCUACAAUGGAGGCGGAGACUAGAAAGAUUCGGUGAAGAUGACGGUCCAACAAUUGCUGCAGGAGUCGGAGGCGAGGUGGACGGAAUCUGUCAGUUCGGAGAGCUCACUGAUAAAGGAAGAGACACGACAUACGAGUUGGGAAAGCGGUUACGGCAUCUCUACGUCGACCAACUUCAAUUCAUGCCUAAGUUGAUCGCGGAUGCGGACAUGAUCUAUCUACGAGCCACACCUCUUCCACGAGCUCUCGAGAGCCUUCAACAGACCUUUUGGGGCAUGUACCCUCUCACGGCACGGACAGCGUCCUUUCCUCCUCCCACGAUUGUCACCCGAACUCCAGCAGACGAGACACUCUUUCCCAACGACGGCAAUUGUCGAAGGUUUGCGCAGUUAAGUCGGGCUUUCGCACAAAGAGCUGCAGACCGCUGGAACACUAGCGAUGACAUGGAAUAUAUCACAAGUAAGAUCUCACAGUGGAUGCCGGAACACAGCAAGAAGGUCGCUGUUGAUAGUCAUCCUCGUUUGAGUGGUAUCAUGGACACGAUCAACUCCACCCUUGCUCAUGGUCCAGAAACACGCUUGCCAAAGGAGUUCUACGACCAAAAGCUGCGAGAUAUUGUUGGUCGUAUAGGUGUUGAAGAGUGGUUUGCUGGGUACAAUGAGAACAGAGAAUAUAGAGCCCUUGGUAUAGGCGCCCAAGUUGGAGAUAUUGUCGAACGUAUGGUCAGCAAAGUUGAGGGCGUUGGUCUGUCCAUAAACGAGAUUGGAGGCGAGAAUGGCAAGUUAGGUCGAGGACGAGGCGGCGAGACUGGCAUCAUCUUUGCACUGAACGGAUGCCACGACACCACUCUUGCUGGUUUCUUGUCGAGCUUCGGCACUUUCAACAACGAGGCGUGGCCACCUUACACAAGUCACAUUGCAGUCGAGCUCUUCCGUGAGAAGACUGGCCAAUAUCCUCCCUCACGCUCUGCAAACACUCAGCCAGAAAAGACAGAUUCCGAGUUCCCUAUACCUGGCAACAAGCCUGGUUGGCUAGCCUCAAUGCGAGGUCUAGGACCCGCGAAGAAGCAGGAUCCCACUCAAGGACCAGGAGGUCUAAAGACCGUCGACCACGGUAUUACAGCAGGUAUCGCCCGACGAGCCGUCGCAGAUCUCUCAGAAUCAGAGCGUCAGCGCUUAGAUGGAUACUACGUCCGGCUCAAAUACAACGACCGCAUUUUCAAGGUUCCAGGGUGUGCCAAGCCAGGAAACCACAUGGAAGGCGACGACAGCUUCUGUACACUGGAAGCCUUCAAGCGCAUAGCAGAUAGUUUCACGCCGCAGAAUUGGAAGGUGGAAUGUGGUAAGAACCUGGAUGGAGCUGUGCCUGGGCUUGAGCCUGGAACUCAGCAAUGGGCAGGGUAUGUGGAUAAAGGAUUUUAG